AUGGAAGAUUUUGGCCCUAUUUCUAAAUAUUUGCUUGACUUCCUACCUGCUGCGAUUGCUCCUCCCCAUUUACGCAUAAAUCAUGAAGGCCGGAGGUGGGUACGACAGAUGCUCAGGCUUCUCAACCAGCAGUCACACUUCCAUGACCGUCCGUAUACAUGGGGCUUCACCAUAUUCCGUACUAUCUACACGCCUGAUUCAGAUGAGAGGUUUGCCAGAGCCGUCGAGGAGCUCAACCAACUCGCACGCGAGUACGUCUUUGAUGACCUAUCAGGACCCCAUGAGCCUGGCCAAGAGCCUUUUGAUCCUCGCCCCAAUGAGGAACUAGCUCGACGAUUCUACUGCGAUGUAGACGGUUUGACGCCUUGGUCGCUGGGCAUCUAUAACCACAAGCAGGGCAUAGACCACUUCCUUCAGGUAGACAGAGCCAACAAGAGCUUUAACCGCGCUCAGUAUGAUCUUUACGUCAAGGUCAUGACUAAGAACUCCGAAGAGGAUGAUCUCCGCGACUCGAACGACAUGGUCUUGAGCAAAGAAUCAACUUGCGAGUGCAGCACCAAGUACUGCUGUCAUGGAGGUGGCGAAUAUUUCUCAAUCGAAGAGUACGAGGCAAUUGACCGCAGGAGCGUCCAUCUUGAGCUUGAAACGGAUUCUGAUGAGCAUGAAGUGAGCUAUCAGGAUCUGGAGGCUCAGGCACCAGAUGACGAAAGGGAGUCCACAAUAACGUUCCCUGAUGGAGCUAGGUUGAGUAUCACUCAGAGGAGGGGCGAGAAACUGGUCCGCAAACCACCCCAUCUAGACUUUGGUUUACCUUCCGCCAACACGCCUGGUUGUGUUGAUGUGCACCCGAUUAGAGUCACUAUUUCGUCCAACGCGCUCGGCGUUAAUAUUGAACACAUCGUCGAUCUCAGCACCAUCGCAAGAUUCCUCAUGACCGCCUUAGCUACUAGCGUCAUCCGGGAAGACAUUGUCCGUGGAACCAUGUUUUUUGGACUAUAA